AUGCGUUUGACUUUCAUCUCCCUCAGCUCACUAGCUCUUACGACUGGUCUCGCACUUCCAGGUUCUGCAGCUCCUGCUUCUGAUGUAUCGCUUCAGACUAGACAGAAUGCCCCCGUAAAACCACCACCCUGCGUUCGCAGGCCCGGCACGACAGUGAAAGAAACACACAAUCGUCACAAAGCAUUCGCCUACGCUUUCAUCUAUGAGAGAGACAUCACUGAGGCAUUUCGAUAUAUUGCGCAUGAUUACAUUAACCACAACCCAUUAGCAAAGAACGGCUCCGAUUCAGCAUGGUCUAUCUUGAGCCCAAUCUGGGCUUCUCAAAAUAUAACAGUGUUGCGCACGACUUUCAUAUCGCCGCAGGGAUGGUUGAACUACAACACCAGCUUUGGAGAAGUCGUCGAUAGAUUUCGCUGGGAGGAAGGGUGUAUUGCCGAGCAUUGGGACCAGGGUGAGGUUUUCCCGAGUACGACAUACCACAAGUCGAAGUGGGUGAGCGAGGCGCGGUAG